CUCAUCUUCACAUCAACAGAAUAACCUGCAACACUACAAAAAUAUGAAUCUGCAGUUUGUUGCAUUGGCUUUGGCUUUAGCUACUACAACAGCAUUUCCACUCAAUGAUGAGAUAAGUCGAGACGCAUGGAGUUUACAGAGAGACAAUCAGGCCAUUGACAAGAAAAAUGUUGCCAAAGACUUAAAUGGUGUGUGGAAGAACCAUGUGGUGAGCAGUGACCUUUACUCCCAAGACUCUUACAACCCCAUGGCAGCUGAACUGAGUCGCAAACUGAGUAUGGAGUCUGAGCGCCUGAGGGCUCGUCUCAAGCAGGAGCUUGCUGAACUGAGGGAGAGACUCUCUCCUUACCCCAGCCACCCGAAACACACUAUGGCCAAUGUCAAGGAGUUCCUCUCCCCCUUCACUAAGCAGCUCCAGACGGCUGUCCAAUCCAACACUCAGGAACUCUGUGAGAAUCUCAGUCUGAACCUCCAGGACCUGAACCCAGAGGAAGCCACACUCUACCAGGAGGCAGUGCAGAGGAUCACGCUAGCUUUGGAGGAAAGCCACCAGAAAAGGACAGCAGCCUUUGAGGACUUUAAAACAAAAGCAUUUGAGGCUGUAGAGGAGGAACGAGACAGCAGUGGAAAGGAGCUUUGGGAGGAAGUUACUGCCAGGCUGGGACAGGAAGUGUGUACCUUCAGUUUAGAGGUACAAGGGAAGGUGGCGGCACUCAAGAUAGCUUUGGCAGGCCAUCUGGCCUCGGCACAGCCUCCAAGGGAUGUGAUGGCUUCAAAGGUGGAUCAGUUCUGCCAGAAUUCCUCAGCUCGGAAUCAACUGUUUAUUUCUAACUUAGACCAACAGAUGAUCGCUCUACAAGAAAACCAGAGUCAUGGUGAGUCAGCUGGUUUCCAUCAGACAAACAUAGAAUCCAUACAGGAGGAUUUCUCAACCCGACUCACAGCCCUAUUACAAGACAUCGUACACACUCUAAAUUAAACAACACA